AAAUGCAAAAUACCAAAAAUACAAAUGAAUGUAUUAAUUGGAUUGAAGAAGCUAUUUCUAAAGAAUAUUUUAGACUUUAUGAACACAAAUAUUUUAGUAAUGUUCAAAGAAUUGGCACUGGAGGAUUCGGAAAGGUUUAUCGUGCAAAUUGGAAAAAUUCAGAACAAUAUUUAGCAUUGAAAUACUUUUUUAAUCUUGAUGACGUCACUGCAAAAGAAAUCGUUCAUGAGGUAUAAAUUAUGUAAUAAGUAUACUAUUGUCAUU